ACUCAAACAUCAGGGAGUUUAAACUUCUAACGUUGGCAGCGCCUAAAAAUGUCUAUGGCAACGACGAAAAUCGGUGUGGUGUUUAAAGUGUUUCGCUAAAAUGAAAAUGGAUUUAACUAAAAAAUGUCGCGCCUGUUUAAACGAAGACCCCGAGAUGCACUAUUUAUUCGCCGAGUUGGAUCAAGGCCUCAGCUUAGCGGAAAUCCUGCAAAAUCUAAACUUCGAGGUUUGCGAAAACGAUGGGUUUCCGCCGUUUUUAUGCCAGAAUUGCACUGUUAUUAUGAUUGAUUUUUUUAAUUUGAAGACGAUUUAUUUGGAGAAUGAGGGGCAUUUGAAAGAGUUGAUAAGUCAAGCGGAGAAACAGGCUGAAAUCGAGGAAUUUUGUGAAGAAGAUUUAAAUGAUAAUGAAGAACUUGAAGAAAAUUAUGAAGAAGCUUUAAUUGAAGAUGAAAAUAGUAAUAAUGAAGAAACGGUUAUGUUUGUUGUGGAAGAAAAUGAUGAAGAGAUCAAAGAUAGUGAAUUUAAAUAUGAAUAUUUAUCAAAUGAAGAAUUGUUCAAAAAAAAACAAAAGAAUUUAAUACCAAAAUACUCCACAGACGAUAUAGAAGAAAAAACUACUUACUUAACAUACAAAAAAGAUGUAAACUCAAAAAAACCUUGGAUUUGUGAUAUUUGUGGAAGUUGCUUUAAUAGAAAAUCUGAUUUGUUGGAUCACAGUGAGUCACAUUCAAGUGAAAAAAAAUACAUUUGCCCCUACUGUGGAAAAAGUUUUAAACGCCGCACAGUGCUAGGUAAACAUGUAAGAAUACAUACACACCCUCGUGAAGCAAUAUGUGAAUUGUGUGGGAAAGCCUUCAAUGAUAAAAGUACAUUAAAAACGCAUAUAAUGCUUAUACACGAAAAAUCGCGUAACUUUUAUUGUAAGCUAUGUGGACUAUCAUUUCCACUAAAAUCAACAUUGGAAAAACAUGUCUUACGACACAACCCAAAUCGUAAGAGAAACUUCAAAUGUGAUCUCUGCUUUACAGCUUACAGAGACAAAUCGAGUUUAAAAAGACACAAAACCGUAAAACAUAGCAAUAACAAAGUAAAAUGCGAAUGCGGCAAAGAGUACACAACAAUUACAAAUUUACUGAAGCACCAAAGAAAAUAUCACACGGGCUUCAACGACAACGAUUUAAACAAAGUUAUAAUACAGGUUGAAGUUCAAGACAGUCAAUAACCUUAAAUAAUA